AUGGGGAGUGGAGCUACUCUGGUGGAGGGUGUUCGUCGCUGGUUUCAACGUCGCUCUUCUUCCACUUCUACAACUAUUAAUACUAAUCCAAAUAAUAAUUCAAAGCAACCCAGUAAUAGUAAUUAUAGCAGAAACAACUUUAUCAAUGAUCACAAUGAUGCCCACGUCUGUGUCUCCGAUUUAAGCGCCCAAUCGUCCACUUCUCACCAACGGGAACAAAAGCAAGGCCAAGAGUACCAGCUUCAGUUUGAGGUUGAGGACGACUUUGACAUAUCUGGAUUGAAGCUCAUCUCAGUUCCCAAGCGGGCCAACUUCAGAGCUCCCCCCAUGGAUUCACAAAAGAAGGGCAAUCUAGAAACAGAGUUUUUCACAGAAUAUGGAGAGGCAAGUCGCUACCAAGUUCAGGAAGUCAUUGGGAAAGGAAGUUAUGGUGUUGUGGGUUCUGCAAUUGACACCCACACUGGAGAAAAGGUUGCAAUCAAGAAAAUUAAUGAUGUUUUUGAGCAUGUGUCCGAUGCUACAAGGAUCCUGAGAGAAAUAAAGCUACUUCGCUUGCUCCGUCAUCCCGACAUUGUUGAAAUAAAGCACAUAAUGCUUCCUCCUUCACGACGAGAGUUCAGAGAUAUCUAUGUUGUUUUUGAGUUGAUGGAAUCUGACCUUCACCAAGUUAUUAAGGCAAAUGAUGAUCUUACUCCUGAGCAUUAUCAGUUUUUCUUGUACCAGCUGCUUCGUGGCCUAAAGUAUAUUCAUACAGCAAAUGUAUUUCAUCGAGAUUUAAAGCCAAAAAACAUUCUUGCUAAUGCUGACUGCAAAUUAAAGAUAUGUGACUUUGGGCUUGCCCGCGUAUCUUUCAAUGAUGCCCCAUCAGCUAUUUUUUGGACAGACUAUGUUGCAACUCGAUGGUAUCGUGCUCCUGAGCUAUGUGGUUCGUUUUUCUCAAAAUACACUCCUGCAAUCGAUAUUUGGAGCAUAGGAUGCAUAUUUGCUGAAAUACUCACUGGAAAACCGUUGUUUCCUGGGAAAAAUGUGGUGCACCAAUUGGAUCUCAUGACUGAUUUGCUUGGCACACCUUCUACAGAAUCCAUUGCAAGGAUCGGAAUGAAAAAGCAAGAAGAUCCCUUGGCUCUUCGCCUAGUAGAACAACUGCUUGCAUUUGACCCGAAAGAUCGUCCGACAGCUGAAGAGGCAUUAGCUGAUCCGUACUUUCAUGGUUUGGCAAAUGUUGACCGUGAGCCAUCCACUCAACCCAUUUCAAAACUUGAAUUUGAGUUUGAGCGAAGGAAAUUGACAAAAGAUGAUGUUAGAGAGUUAAUCUAUAGGGAGAUUUUAGAGUAUCAUCCGCAGAUGCUGCAGGAGUAUCUCCGAGGUGGAGAUCAAACUAGCUUUAUGUAUCCUAGUGGGGUUGAUCGAUUCAAGCGGCAGUUUGCACAUCUUGAGGAGCACUAUGGUAAAGGUGAAAGGGGUACUCCACCACUCCAAAGGCAGCAUGCCUCAUUGCCCAGAGAGCGGGUUUGUGCACCCAAGGAUGAGAAUUCUGGCCAAAACAAUGAUGUGGAAAGGACUGCUGCUUCUGUUGCCUCAACUCUUGAGAGUCCUCCAGGGUCGCAGCAGCCUGAUGGCUCUGUAAAUGCAGAUGGACAAAAUGGACCUAGCAAGACAAACCACAACACUCGUAGCCUGUUGAAGAGUGCCAGCAUUAGUGCUUCGAAGUGUAUAGGUGUAAGACCGAAAAAAGAUUUGGAGGAGGAAGCUAUUGCUGAGGUCAAUGACGAGGCAGUCGAUGGUUUGUCCCAAAAGGUUGAAGCUCUCCGUGCCUGA